AUCGCAUAUCCUACCUUGAUCUGCCCAUGUGGUGACUGUUCGUAACAUGGAGCGCGGUGAUGAGACAGUUCAGCCUGGAGCCCUGCCCAUGGGCGGCUUAAAUUCCGCGCAACCGCAUGAGCAGCGGGACCCUCGAAGUCUUGGCGCCCGCACAAUCCGCAUCUUCACGGACGGUCGGCGCCUCACCUUCAUAGAUCAACAACUACGCUUAGCCGCACCAAUAUUGUCCCACAGAUAGUAUUGGAAGACCAUCACAAUCAUGUCGAAGAUUACGGUCGCUGGUGUGCGUACUAACGUACAGGAGCUUCUCAAAUACUCCACCGAGGAGAAGAAGCGCAACUUCCUCGAGACCGUCGAACUCCAGAUCGGCCUCAAGAACUAUGACCCGCAGCGUGACAAGCGUUUCUCUGGCACCAUCAAGCUUCCCAAGGUUCCUCGCCCGAACAUGGCCAUCUGCAUUCUUGGUGACCAGCACGAUAUCGACCGUGCCAAGCACGGAGGUGUCGACGCCAUGUCCGCAGACGAUCUCAAGAAGCUCAACAAAAACAAGAAGCUGAUCAAGAAGCUCGCGCGCAAGUACGAUGCUUUCAUCGCUUCCGAUGCCCUCAUCAAGCAGAUCCCUCGUCUCCUGGGCCCCGGUCUCUCCAAGGCCGGUAAAUUCCCUACUCCCGUAUCUCACUCCGACGACCUUUCCGCCAAAAUCACCGAGGUCAAGUCCACCAUCAAAUUCCAGCUGAAGAAGGUGUUGUGCAUGGGUGUUGCUGUUGGAAACGUGGAGAUGACUGAGGACGAGCUCAUCGGAAACAUCAUGUUGUCCAUCAACUACUUGGUGUCUCUGUUGAAGAAGGGCUGGCAGAACGUUGGUAGCCUGACCAUCAAGGCUACCAUGUCGCCACCUAAGCGUCUUUACUAGAUGCGAGGGAAUUUUCUCGGAUAUCAGGUGUUUUUGGCUUUUACUCGGCUAGAUUUGCUCGCCUUCACUGGUUGAGAAAAUAAUGAAAC